AUGGGUUUUGGAACUCGUUCUGCUCUUCGUCUUCCUCCCAAUUCGCACUUCAACAAUUUCGGUUCCUUCUUCUGCACCCAAUCACUCACACUCCGCGAAUCCCACCCCCAACACCACCGCCGCCUUAAAAAGGUUCAAAAACUCGAAACAUUACUCAACUGCGGACGCACAAUCACCGCAAGAAGGUUCCUCAAAUCCCUUCUUCUCUCCAAAAGCACAUUCUCCUCUCUAUCUGAACUCCACGCUCACGUCUCCAAACCCAUAUUUUCGGACACCCUCUUAUGGCUUUGCUCCGUUUCCAAAAUGCUCAACGAAGCCACCGACUUGUACUUUUCCAUCCGAAAAGACGGAUUUCUUCCUUCCACGCGUUCCGUCAACCGUUUGCUCCGAACCCUGGUGGCUUCAAGACAUUUCGAGAAAGCCCUUUCUGUAUUCGCCGACGUUGUUGAUUCUGGUAUUCGGCCCGAUGUUGUUACAUACGGGAAAGCUGUUCAGGCGGCGGUGAUGUUGAAGGACCUCGAUAAGGGUUUUGAGUUGAUGAGUUCCAUGGAAAAGGAAGGAGUGGGUCCUUCUGUUUUCUCUUAUAACUUGAUCUUGGGUGGGUUAUGUAAAGUGAGAAGGAUCAAGGAUGCUCGGAAACUGUUCGAUGAAAUGAUUCAGAGAAAUAUGGUUCCGAAUACUGUUACUUAUAACACGCUCAUUGAUGGGUACUGUAAGGUGGGUGAGUUAGAGGAAGCUUUUGGCUUCAAGGAGAGGAUGAAGGAACAGAAUGUGGAGUGUAAUCUUGUCACGUAUAAUUGCUUGUUAAAUGGCCUUUGUGGCUCCGGGAGGGUGGAAGAUGCGAGGGAGGUGUUGUUAGAGAUGGAGGGCGGUGGUUUUUUGCCUUGUGGGUUUUUUAGUUUUGUGUUUGAUGAUGAUUCGAAUGGUGCAGGUGAUCAUGGUUUCUUUGAUGGAAAAGAAAUAAGGAUUGAUGAGCGAACUUAUUGUAUUUUGUUGAAUGGACUUUGCAGGGUUGGAAGGAUUGAAAAGGCUGAAGAGGUUCUGGCCAAACUAGUGGAUAAUGGGGUUACACCAAGCAAGAUUUCAUAUAACAUACUGGUGAAUGCAUAUUGCCAAGAGGGUGACGUGAAGAAAGCUACACUGACAACUGAACGAAUGGAGGAACAAGGGUUGCAGCCUAACCGCAUUACUUUUAAUACCCUCAUUAGCAAGUUCUGCGAAACUGGGGAGGUGGACCUGGCAGAGACAUGGGUUAAGAGGAUGAUAGACAAGGAUGUGUUCCCCACUGUAGAGACCUAUAACUCAUUGAUUCAUGGUUAUGGUCAGAGGGGCCACCUUGUCAGGUCUUUCGAGAUUCUUGAGGAAAUGGAGAAGGCGGGAAUAAAGCCAAAUGUCAUCAGCUAUGGUUCUCUAAUAAAUUGUCUUUGCAAAGAUCGUAAGCUUCUUGAUGCUGAGAUUGUGCUAGCGGAUAUGAUAGGUCGUGGGGUUUCUCCGAAUGCAGAAAUAUAUAAUAUGCUAAUUGAAGCUAGUUUCUCAUUAAGUAAAUUGAAAGAUGCUUUCAGAUUUUUUGAUGAAAUGACGCAAAGUGGAAUAGAUGCAACUCUUGUGACAUACAAUACGAUGAUAAAUGGACUCGGACGAAAUGGAAGGGUAAAGGAAGCUGAGGAUCUGUUUCUCCAAAUGGCAGGCAAGGGCUGUAAUCCAGAUGUAGUAACAUACAAUUCUCUGAUCUCUGGAUAUGCCAAGUCAGUAAACACCCAGAAAUGCCUUGAAAUUUAUGAUAGUAUGAAGAUGGUAGGCAUAAAACCUACAAUUGGGACUUUUCACCCUUUGAUCUAUGCAUGUAGGAAGGUAGGCAUGGUGGAAAGGGAGAGAAGAUUUCAGGAAAUGUUACAAAUGAAUUUGGUACCAGAUCGAUUUGUAUAUAAUGAAAUGAUUUAUAGUUAUGCCGAAGAUGGAAAUGUUCUGAAGGCAAUGUCUUUGCACCAACAGAUGCUUAAUCAGGGAGUUGAUCCCGACAAGGUGACUUACAAUUGUUUGAUUCUAGCUUAUUUUAGAGAUAGAAGGGUUUCAGAAAUAAAGCAUCUUGUUAAUGAUAUGAAGGCUAAAGGACUGGUUCCAAAAGUUGAUACAUAUAACAUUCUGGUUAAGGGACAUUGUGACUUAAAAGAUUUCAAUGGUGCAUACUUUUGGUAUAGGGAAAUGGUUGAUGUGGGUUUGCUUUUAAAUGCCAGUAUGUGCUCCCUGCUAAUUUCCGGACUAAGAGAGGAGGGAAUGAUGCCAGAGGCCCAAAUUGUAUCCUCAGAAUUGAGCAGUAGAGGACUGAAUAACUAG